AUGAAAGAUUUUGGAGUCUUAUUGCUUUCUAUAGAAAAGCCAGCUAUAAUUUCCACGCAGUGGAAUGAUAACUACGAUAUCAGUCCUUCCAUCGAUGUUAAAGAAUUGAGAUCGUUACAUGUAAAUGAGGAUCCACCGGGAGAGCAAGGACCACAAGAUGAUGAAGGACCGCAAGGAAUACAAAGACCAGCGGAUGGAUAG